AACAUGCGCACGGUCGCACCCUUUUUUUGUUCUGAAAGCUAGACGGUCAGCCUUUUCUCAGCGGCGGCUGGGGGAGGGGGCUUGUUGGAGAAAAAAAAGAUGAAGGGAGAAACCAGGAAGAGGAAUAUUAUGAAUGUAUUUGACAACUUCAAACCAACCUCUUGUCGGCUAAAUGGCUGUAGUAUCAGAAUAAUACAUUUUACAUGAGACACACACUUUGUCGAGUAUCUAAAAGCGACGUGGAAAUAUAGAACGAUUACCCCCAUUUGAAACGAAAAAGGUUAAAGUUCACAGGAAGCUGGGGGUCUGCCAUUUUUCCCUGCUAACAUUUUAGAUGCUAAACAGGGAAGGGUGGUCGUCGUGUUUUUUAUUUAAUUUACUCGGACUAUUGAGCUUUAUACACUAUUUGUUUCGCCACCCCUAGUCGCUAACCUAAAUUGAUGUUGAAUGAAUUCGGCAUGGAGAGAAUAGCGGAGCAGUCGUGGAAUUCUUCAUACACCUAUCAGGUGAGCAAUCAUAGCGCGGAGAUGCUACACAACCUCAACAUUCAGAGGAAAGAUGGAGGCAGGUUUUGCGAUGUGAUCUUGCGCGUUGGCGAAGAGAGCUUCCCUGCCCACAAGGCGGUACUGGCGGCGUGCAGCGAGUACUUCGAGUCCGUUUUUGGUUGUCAACCGGAGGGCGACGGGGAGGCAAAAGAACUCGAGAUGCAUACGAUAAGCCCCAAAGUUUUUAAAGACAUUUUGGACUUUGUCUACACCUCUAGGAUUGUGGUACGAUUGGAAUGUUUCCCCGAGUUGAUGACAGCUGCUAAGUUUCUGUUAAUGCGUUCUGUCAUCGAGAUAUGCCAAGAAGUAAUAAAACAGUCCAAUGUACAAAUCCUUAUACCACCCUCUCGAGGAGGCGACGUCAGUUUGUUCCGUGCCACGGGGGGCUCUGAAUUGGGUUUCAAAUUAGCGGUAGACAUGUCAAAUGGGAAUGGCUUGUUGGAAAAUAGCAACAAUGGGCACACACAUAAUGUGGACGGAAGUCAUGCCAAUGACACUCUUGUUUCGGAUAGCAGCCCCCAGUCCACUAUUCCAGUUCUGCAGCCCGUGUCUCCAUCAGAGAAGACGGGCAACCCGUUCCAAGAAGAGGGAUCUCCGGGUUCUAAGAGAGGCAGGGGACGACCAAAGAAAGCGACAGCCAUAGAGCAUAUACAUUAUAACCACAGCACCUCUGACGUUAAAGACAUUGAGCAGCUAUUUCCUUGUGGAAUAUGUGGCAAAGCAUUUACAGAGGCUGUGCGGUUGAGAAAUCACGAAGCGCAGCAUGGAGCGUCCAGCCAUGGCGCGAGUAGCGGAGGCGGCCCUACCUUGAUAACGCACUCUGGUCAGCCCGGUCUGUUGGAGAAUGGCAUGCCCUUGCAUGGAACAGUAGAUAUCAGCCGUAAACGAGAGAGGACGAGACGUCACGUUGGCUGUGACAUUUGUGGAAAGGUAUUCCGGGAUGUCUACCACCUGAACCGACACAAAUUGUCUCAUUCCGGGGAAAAGCCAUAUGCGUGCCAUGUCUGUGGCCUGCGAUUCAAGCGCAAGGAUAGGAUGUCAUACCAUGUGCGGUCACACGAUGGAUCUGUGGGCAAACCUUACGUCUGUCAAAGCUGUGGAAAGGGGUUUUCAAGGCCAGACCAUCUUAAUGGACACAUCAAGCAGGUUCACACAACAGAGAGACCCCAUAAGUGUCAGAUUUGUAAUGCCUCCUUUGCUACGAGAGAUCGUCUGCGGUCCCACCUGGCUUGCCACGAGGACAAGAUCCCGUGCCAGGUAUGUGGGAAGUACCUCCGGGCUGCGUACAUGACCGACCACCUCAAGAAACACAGUGAAGGACCUCACAACUACUGUAGCAUAUGCAACAAAGACGGGCAAGAGAAUGCCGGGAAAUGUCCCCAUCAGGGAGAAUCUGAGGGAGACGAGCCGUCUUUCAGGGAGCUGCCCAAUGGCGACGAGAUGAAAUCUCCGCAUAAGUCUGAGGGGGAGGAGCUUGGGUCUCCGACACCAUUCGCCUGCAACGGAGCCUCUGCUGGUACCGGGACAGUGCCGGGGUCGCCACCAGGUGGCGCUAAAGCCAAGACCAGCCAGGACUCUCCAGAGAAAAAGUUCCCCUGCAGCGAGUGCACCCAGACCUUCCGAACAAAGUCCUACCUCAACAAGCACGUCAACAGAGUGCAUCAUCAUGGGGUCCAGAAGAGUCUGGUGGUGGGUGCAGGGUCGGGGUCAGGUCUGGGGGAGCUGGGUCCUUCGCUGGGCUCGCCCUUCUCCCCACAACAGAACAUGUCUCUGCUGGAGUCGUUUGGCUUCCAGAUUGUCCAGUCUGCCUUUGCCUCGUCGCUGGUGGACUCUGAGGCAGGGCAUAGUGGGAUGGACCUGGGGGGGAAGUGACCCGUACGCCCUAGGUCUGUUCAGCCUAUCAGAUGGAAGGGAAUGAUGUUGUCUUUAGACUACUUUGCUGUUCAUUGCAUCAUCUCUCACUGUUGUUGUUUAUCACCUUCUGUUACCUUUCUGUAUCAUGGACCUCGCUAUUACUAUCAAUAUAAAUGUUCCAUUUCAUAGCAAUAUAUAAAAUGUACAUAAACGUGAAUCAUUUGAACAUUAAUCAACUUCAAACGCUUUUUUGAAUCUGCUGUCUGUCUUUGAAGUCUACCGUCAGUCAUGUUUUUGUCUUUAUCGUGUUUGUAUUGUUUAUGACAUGACCAUCCACUUAUGAUCCAUUACCAAACACAUGCACAUAUAAGAAACAUAUAUUAGUCAAUGCUGUUAUUGUUGUUAUGUCUGGUCCAGGGUUUUCUUUCAACCAAAAUGGGGCGUGGGCUGGGCGUGGAGUCCCGAUUGGGCACCGAGAGAAAAUUUCCUGCAAUUUCACCAAGCUAAUUUCUUGCAGUUCCAUACAUUUUAUCAUGGCGCUGGGGGGGGGGGGAUUUCCUGCGAUUGUACACACUUUACCAUGGCUUAUGCGCAUUCUUAUGCUAGCUGAGUGACUCAAACAUUAAAACAAAGUCAAUGGGGGGACAUUUUUUUUUUUUACAUUUUAGUUUCUCCCCGACUGUAGUUUUAAAAAUGUUGAUCCAAAGAGGAUCUGUUUGAAAAAUAAAUAUGCCUAGGUCCAUUAUCUUUUCAACAUACGUUAUAUCUGGUUUUAGCCGUUUACACUGAAAACGUUUUCACUGUUUGGAUUUAGGCGGCCCGGCCAAGACUUUUCUAUGCAGAAAAAACCCUGAGGUCCUAGUCAUAUUGGUAAUCUGUGGGUUAGUACAUAUGUUGACUGGGCCAUUUUGAAAUGCUUUGUUUAUCUACAUGGUUUUCACAGCUGCAGUGACGCCUUCUAACCCAAGGUUCCCCCUUACUUCAGACAGAGCCUCUGAUGGGAAGAGGCUGCAGAUGGACAUCUAGUCCAACUCCGAAUAUAAAGGAAAGGGAGAUACCUAAUCAGUUGUACGACCGAAUGCAUUCAACUGAAUAUAAUCAGUCAAUUCUACCAGUUUCUGCAGGGCAAGAAUAUAACCUUAUGCCUCAGUAUGGCUGUUACAUUUGAUAAUGUUGUAUUCUCUUAUUAUGACAUUUUAAAGAACCGAUGUAUUUGUUAGUCACAUACUUGUGAAAUCAGUUCUGGAUAUUCAACAGGGACCAAGUUCAGGUUUGACUAUUAGAAAUCGUGAGAAAUGUAGAAUAUAUAUUUUAUUAACUUAUUGAUUGCCCUGUCCGUGUUGUGCACAAAGUUGUUUUAUUUUUACUUUUUUAUAAAUCAACGUUUGAGAUGUCGAUGUGCUGUGCUGAUUUUACUCUUUAAGUUAUGCUAGAGACGGGAGGCCUACUAGGGAGCGACAAAAAGAGUAUGUAUGCUGAAAUAUCUGUGUGUGUGUGUGCGUGCGUGUUUGGUGCUCUGAUAUGUGUGCUUUUGUCCUCAGAAUGUAAUCAACCAGAAGGCUUUUGAUCUUUAAUUUGUUUCAGAUAAUUUUGCUCUAUUACUUUCAGUACAUUCCUGCUUUUAUUUAUAGUUAUAUUGUGAUUGUAAUGAGUCUAUAUAACAUUCAUAUAUAUGUAUAUAUGAAAUGCGUAUAUAUGUGAUCAAACCUAAUGAUUGAUUUUAAUAGUUUGUCAAUUAAUGGGGAUCCUGCGGGAAAGAGGUGUGUAGGUUUUGGUGGUGGUGGUUUGAUUUGAAAGGUUUUCCUCACAGUGCACACCCAUGGUCUGCUGUGUACUGUUCUGGAUAUAAAUGUUUUUUGGGGGUGUGGAUGGUGACGGAGGUUUCGCUGUUCACUGAAGACCUGGGUUCAAAAAGUACUCGAAAAGCAUUUGCUUAAGUCUGGCUGGAGUGACUGAUGGGUGGGUUUGCACUUUUGGGACUCUUCUAUUGUGCCAGGCAAGCUAAAUCAAAUACUAUUUGAACCCAGGCCUGGUUCACGGCUCUGUUACCUGGCUCUGGUAGUGUACACUACCAGUUUAGUGAUAGGACCCAUGGCUUUGAUCAAUCAGUCUGUUUAGGUCAUAUUAAGCUCUUUUUAUAUCCCCACUAAAUAGUGAUGCUUUUCACACAGCGAAUGGAGUACAAAAUCAUUUAUAAAGGCCUGUUUUGUGUUAUUUAUUGGAUAAGUGAGAGACGAUGCUGUUUAGAAAUAUGCCCUUAUAUAAUUGGUGGUUGUGGCAACACUUGGGAUCGCCCAUACAUGCUAAUCAAAUCAUCUGGUGGUAUUGUUUUAUUUAUCUCAUCUGUUUGGUACUUCAAUUUAUAGAUGUUUUGAUUGAUUGCUUGGAUACUUACCUUUGCUGUUUUCUUGUCUUAUUCUGUUGGUCUGUUGCAAAGUGCCUUCCCAAUACUGAUUGUGCACGGCAGUGGAUUUGAAACGCGAGAUUUAAAAAAAGGACCUUUCUCUUGAAAUGGUAAAUCAUGCGCAGAUUGACUUGCAAUGACACUUUUGUACGCAUAAAAACAUGCACACACAGAAGAUGUACAUUUGUAUAUGAAUGUUACCUUGGUAUUUUAUCUCUGUACUCUGCAAGAUUGUUGAACUUAAAAAAAAUAUAUAAAAAAAUUGGAGUUACAUGUUUUGUUAUAAAACCUUUGGACAUAUUUCAAUAUAAGCAUACUUUUCUAUAGAUGUCUGUUUUUGUACACUGUUUUUGAGUCUGUCAUCUCUGUCUAAUUGAUACAGAGAUGGGGAUUCAAUAAAGAUGUAUCUGAAACUGUU